AGGUUAUGUGGAAAGUGGUGAUGUCGGAGGAGGUUGGAAGAAAAGUGCAGGCGGUGGUGGACAGGGUAAAUCAGGCAGUUAGCCGUCGCCCUAAGACACUACCAUGCGUGACUCCUCGGCUGGUGGCAGUUAGUAAGACUAAGCCCCCAGAGAUGGUGAUUGAAGCUUACAAACAUGGACAGCGCAACUUCGGGGAGAACUAUGUCAACGAGCUUGCUGAGAAAUCCACACAUCCCCAGAUUUUGGCAUCAUGCCCUGACAUAAGAUGGCAUUUUAUUGGGCAUUUACAGAAGAGUAAUGUAAACAAACUGCUAGGAGUUCCAAACUUGUUCAUGGUGGAGACCAUAGACUCUGUCAAACUGGCUGACAAAGUGAACAGCUCCUGGCAAAGGAUAGGGGCGUCAAACUCUCAGAGGUUAAAGGUCAUGGUACAGAUCAACACCAGUGGUGAGGAGAUUGAAGUACGUGUCUCUCCUGUCCUGUCAGGUAAACAUGGACUCCCGCCUGAGGAAACAGUCGACACGAUCAAGCAUAUCGUCUCCCAGUGCCCUGCCCUGCACUUCGCCGGACUCAUGACCAUUGGUCGCUAUGGCUAUGAUCUCAGUGAGGGCCCCAAUCCAGAUUUUCAGAUGCUCCUGAAACGUCGACAAGAAGUGUGUGAAAGUCUUCACCUCCCAGUGGAAGAAGUAGAGCUCAGUAUGGGCAUGUCUACAGACUUUGAACAUGCAAUUGAGGUGGGUUCGACCAAUGUGCGAGUUGGCAGCACUAUUUUUGGGACGCGAGAGUACCCUAACACUCCCAGCCCAAGUCCGGAGAAAAGGCCAAAGGUCGUGACAGAAGAAGCCGCCAAGAAAAUGGAGCGGCUGACUGUGACAGAGCACUGAGGCACCUUAAAGAAAAACAAACAAACAAACAAAAAAGAAGACAAUUUAAAACAAAACAACUAUACUUGAUUGGGCCAUUUAAAAGAGACCUUGAGGUGGCUGCAGAGAGAAUAGGUCUUUGUAUGUCUUAAUAAUGGUACAUGAUCUGUUAAUCUGAAGGGAGUGUAAUAAUGGAUACUGAAAUGAAACGGAAGGUAACAUGUUUAAGGUAUUUUGACAAGCAGCUCUGCAUUUGUAUAAUUCCUCUGGAUUCUGGUCUGUUUCACAUAGGCAUUUGUCUCAGACAGUGCUACAACAUUUCACAUUUCGUAUCAUCUGUUUAAUAACUCAUUCACCUGUUUAAUAACUCAUAUUUGUCUGUUUAAUAACUCAUAUUUAUCUGUAUUAUAGCUUCAUGGACACACUCAUCUUGUGCCAAGUGCUGAUCUGUUUUGCCCAGGUCCUGUGUUAUCGAGAAAGGAGUUUUCCAUGUCUCAUGAUGCUUAUUUACUACUAACUUUUAAUAAAUCAUUUUUCAGUAUACAUGUUCUAAGUUCAUGUUAGCUAUUCUGAGUAUAUUAAAUUAAUGAA